GCCUGGCUCUGGUGGAGGGUAGCGCAGGCCGCGCCGCCCGCGUCGGGGACCCCGGCGACCUGGUGGCCCUGGCCCGGCAGGUUCAGCAGGAGUGUCCUACUGCCCACUCUCCCAGUCCAUCCCACUACUUCCUGGCACAUCGGUUUCAUUUCAGUGAUUCCCGCUCCACCCCAGGUCCUCCUGGAUAGGUCCUGCACUUCCCAGUAUGUUCUGCUUGUGCCUUCUGGGGGACGAGUUCAUCCGCGCUAACGCCUGCAGCAAGCUGACUGUCAUCGCCGAGCAGAUCCGGUCCCUGCAGGAGCAGGCACGGAAGGUUUUGGAUGAAGCCAGCAGAGAUGCUGAUCUGCACCACGUGGCCUGCAACCUUGUGAAGAAGCCAGGAAACAUUUAUUACAUGUACAGGCGGGAGAGUGGCCAGCGAUACUUCUCCAUCUUGUCUCCUAAGGAAUGGGGUACCAGUCCUCAUGAAUUUCUUGGUGCCUAUAAGCUCCAGCAUGAUAUGUCCUGGACUCCAUUUGAGGACAUCGAGAGACGAGACGCUGAAAUCAACACCUUGGACAAGUUGCUGAGCCAGCAGGCAGCACUGCCCCCGUGUAUGGAGCCCAACUUCCAGGGCCUGACCCAGUGACAUGAGUGACCACAUGGGGACCUCCAGAGCAGAGUCCCUAUGUGAGCAGGAACAGUGCCUACAUGCUGCUAAGGGCAAGGCAAGGAAGGAGACCAAGAAAACAAAAUGCUGAUGCCACCAGUACUUGCUCUGUGCUUUAGUGAGACCAAUUCUGCAGUCUGGAUUUUCUAGGGGGUUUGAGUAAUUUAUUUCUUUGACUAAAGCAAAGCUGGAACAAGAGUCAGAUAAUAGCAGGUGAAGUCAAAUCCAGGAGAGCUUGGGGCAAAAAUGCUUGAGGCAGAUGCAAUAAUGCUAUAAAAUAUGUCCUGGUUCUGGUGAAUCUCUUUGCGGCUUCCUGUGGCAGAUGAUGAUUUCAGAGCUGGAUUUUGCUCCUCAUUAAAAUGUCAAUAUUUAGGAA